GUCACGUGGGGGACCACUGCGAUGGGCGCGCCGGCGGCUGGGGCGCCGGGCGUGUGCGGGGCGGGCGAGGAGUCGCGGGGGCGCUCCCCGGGCGCACAGCCAGGGGCCUCCCGAACCGAGCGGUGAGGGGCGGGAGGUCGCGGCGCUCCCGGGACUCCAGGCGGGAAGGUGCCCGAGGCACCGAGCGGCGGGCUGCGGGGCGCCGUGGUGGGUGCGGCGGCCGGCGGGGAGGCUCCAGCACCCGGCGGCGGCGGGCGUGGGCGGCGGGCGGCGAAGGCAGAGCGCCCCGCGCCCGGGAAGGCGGCGCCCAGGCCCGGCCCGGCCCCCAGGUGGGCGGCCGAGGGCGCGCCGGCGGGGCCGAGCGGCGACACAGCGCCCGGCCGUGCGGGGUGGGCGCGCGGAGGCCGACGAGGGGCCGCAGGUGCGCGCGAGGCGGGACGGACGGGAGGCCCCGGCGCGCCACCCCCUCGCGACUCGGCCCCGGCGCCCCAGCCCGGGCGCCCCGCGCGCCGGCCAAUCAGGAGGCGCCGCCGGCCGCCAGGCCCCGAGGCCCCGCCCCGAGCCGCCGGCGCCAGCCAAUGGGCGGCCGGGCCCGGCUCCCAGUGCGCGCAGCCCGCGCGGACCCGCUCAGAGCGAGAAAAGCGAACCCAACCCGUCGGGGCUGCCGCUCCGGACCCGCCGCCGCUCCCCCCGGAUCGGGUGCACCGUCCCAACCCGAAAGUCCAGUUCGGCGGCCCGCAGCGGCGAGCGAGCGCGAUGACACAGGAGUACGACAAAAUGAGGCGCUGUGCCCGCAGCGGCGCCCCUACACCAGCGAGGACGAGGCCUGGAAGUCCUUCCUGGAGAACCCGCUCACCGCAGCCACCAAGGCGAUGAUGAGCAUCAACGGCGACGAGGACAGCGCGGCCGCCCUGGGCCUGCUCUAUGACUACUACAAGGUUCCAAGAGAGAGACGGUCAUCCACAGCCAAGGCCGACGCUGAGCACCCGGAGGCAGAUCACAGCAAAAGAAGCAGCAUGCCGAAUGUGACUGAGCAGCCCCUCAUUUCUGCCGGAGAAAACAGAGUGCAGGUUCUGAAAAAUGUGCCAUUUAACAUUGUCCUUCCCCACGGCAACCAACUGGGCAUCGAUAAGAGAGGCCAUCUAACCGUUCCGGACACAACCGUCACCGUCUCCAUAGCGACGAUGCCUACCCACUCCAUCAAGACAGAAACGCAGCCGCACGGCUUUGCUGUGGGGAUCCCUCCGGCAGUGUACCAUCCCGAGCCCACCGAGCGGGUGGUGGUUUUCGACCGGAACCUCAACACCGACCAGUUCAGCUCUGCAGCUCAGCCCCCAAAUGCUCAGAGGCGAACGCCAGACUCGACUUUCUCAGAGACCUUCAAGGAGGGCGUGCAGGAGCUACGUGAUUUGCUGGAGAAGGAGAAAGAGAAACCCCACACGCGGUUUUUCAUCAACAACAGAGAGAUCCCUAGUGUGUUUUCGGCUUUUGUCCUAGACCAGAACCAGCUCCCUGCAACUGGUCUUCGUGUCUUCUUCCCCUCGGACCUCAGUCUGCGGACGCCUGGCAUGAACUCAGAGGACUAUGUUUUUGACAGUGUUUCUGGGAACAACUUCGAGUACACGCUGGAAGCCUCCAAAUCGCUUCGCCAGAAGCCGGGAGACAGCACCAUGACCUACCUGAACAAAGGCCAGUUCUACCCCGUCACCCUGAAGGAAGUGAGCAGCAACGAGGGGAUCCACCACCCCAUCAGCAAAGUGCGGAGUGUGAUCAUGGUGGUGUUUGCGGAGGACAAGAGCAGGGAGGAUCAGCUGCGGCACUGGAAGUACUGGCACUCCCGGCAGCACACGGCCAAACAAAGGUGCAUUGACAUCGCCGACUACAAAGAAAGCUUCAACACCAUCAGCAACAUUGAGGAGAUCGCGUAUAACGCCAUUUCUUUCACCUGGGACAUCAACGACGAGGCGAAGGUGUUCAUCUCGGUGAACUGCCUGAGCACGGACUUCUCCUCCCAGAAGGGCGUGAAGGGCCUGCCCCUGAACAUCCAGAUCGACACCUACAGCUACAACAACCGCAGCAACAAGCCCGUGCACCGGGCCUACUGCCAGAUCAAGGUCUUCUGCGACAAGGGAGCCGAACGGAAAAUCAGGGACGAAGAACGAAAACAAAGCAAAAGAAAAGUUUCUGAUGUUAAGGUGCCGCUGCUUCCCACUCACAAACGCAUGGACAUCACGGUCUUCAAGCCCUUUGUGGACCUGGACACGCAGCCUGUGCUCUUCAUUCCGGACGUGCACUUCGCCAACCUUCAGCGGGGCACUCACGUCCUUUCCAUGGCCUCGGAAGAACUGGAGGGGGACGGCUCGAACUUGAAGAGGGGGCCGUACGGAUCCGAGGACGAUUUUGUGGUCCCCCCGCCUGCUAAGCUGACCCGGAUCGAAGAGCCGAAGAGAGUGCUGCUCUACGUGCGGAAGGAGGCAGAGGAAGUCUUCGACGCCCUGAUGCUCAAGACUCCAUCCUUGAAGGGCUUGAUGGAGGCCAUCUCAGACAAAUAUGAUGUUCCCCAUGACAAGAUUGGGAAAAUAUUCAAGAAAUGUAAAAAAGGGAUCCUGGUGAACAUGGACGACAACAUUGUGAAGCACUACUCCAAUGAGGACACCUUCCAGCUGCAGAUGGAGGAGGUGGGGGGGGCGUACAGGCUCACCCUCACUGAGCUCUGAGGCGCCCUGGCCCCCAGCCCCGCAGCUCAACGAAGGCGUUGCCUCGGCCUUGCUGCCUGCCGAGCCGCAGGCCACUGGCCAGCCUCCUGCCAACCACGCGCGAUGUCGGUGGAAGGGACUCCUUUCGCGCUGGAGAUGGGGCCGCACGCGGCUUGGAGGUGGCGUGGAGUAUAUCGCACCGGCGCUUCUCAGAUGAGGAAUCCAUAUAUUAUUACGCUUGCCUUUUCUGAUAUAAAUACUUAGGGAUAAAAGUGAAAACUCUGUUCCAAGAUCUAAUACUCUCUGGGAACCUUUAGGAUAUCUGCUAUGUUAUUUAUAAACGUAUUUUUUAUUACAGGUUCAAUUCAAUAUUAUGUGGUAUUAGUUUCAGGUGUGUAGCAGUGGCCAGACUAUACAACUAUUGGGCUCUCCCCCUGUGUCUUCAGUGUUAGCGGCCUGCCCAGCGCAAGUCAGAAAAGGCAGUGGGUGUGGCUUAAGGCUUCGGUGCCCGGCCUGAACUCGGUGUCACUGCCUGCCUCAGGGUAGUGGGAGCCCCGUCUCAAGAACAAAGGAUCCACCCUCUCCCGUGGCCUCCCCCCCCCACCCCUCCGUCAUGUUUACUCCUGCAGAGCGCGUUACAGGAACCGCCCGUCUCGACUCACUUGAAGCGCCCGCUGCCUUUCUCAUGAAGACCGGGGGGCCCGGGGGGCGGUGGCAAGCUAGCGCCACCGUGUACGUGAGUGCAAUACAGUUCCCAAGCCCGCGCCUGUAAAUGUGUACAUACGUGUCUAUACAGAUAGAUAAUAUAUGCAUGCGGCGCCCGUGGGCAUACGCGGAGAGAUGCGAUGACGGCGACCUGAGAGACUUGGCCUGACGGGAGGCUGAGUUAUUUUGAUCAUUCACGUCAACCGAGCAGACAGGACACUGCUCGGCGGAAUCCGGAGCACGCAGUCAUCCCGAGCCAACAGGCCUGCUCGGCCGCGGCUCGCCCUCGAGCUGCUGUCACGGAUCUGCACUGUUUACACAUGAAGUAAAGGGCAGAGGCCCGCGGUGGCUCCUCCGCGUGGUGUGUGCGAGCGUCAGCCCUGUGGCCUCGGCGCGACAGACAGCCAUGCGGCCGGCGCAGCUCUGACCUUCCGGCCCCCUGCCAGCGGGAGGGCGUCCUACGGCGUCGCAGAGCCUCGCGCCUCGGUUUCCUGUGCGCCCACCGUGUAGAAGCGGUCACGGGUUGAUGAGACUCACGGGCAGGGGCAUGUCCUGUACAUGUUUAAGUGUCUGGGAAGACUAUACAGUCGUUUUACAACAGAUAAAAUCACGGGUAUCUGUCGGGUCAGGGAACUAGUUUGUAGAAGUAGGAUGGGUAGUUGCAUUCUUGCGUUAAAAUAUCCUAAUGAAAUAUGUGAACUGAAUUGCUGGUUUUCUAAAAUAAGAUAAGGGACACGGGUCAUAUGACAAUAUUUUCUAUUGUGUUUUAUGAAAUUGAUUUUGUCUUGUUUACUGUUUUAAUUGUGUCAUUGAAGAUGUGUUUUAAGCCAACGGGAUUAAAUGUCUGUGCCUCUCUCA